CUUGCACAGACUGACACAACUCCAUUUCAUGAGACGGCUUCCAGACAAGGUGAAGCCAAUGCAGAUCAAGCAGAUGAACAACUUAACAAUGAGGCAAGUAUAAUUUUGAAAACUGUUGGUAUUUAUAAAAUUAUGAAUUUGGUUGUACUUAAAUUAAUUUUUGGAAGUUCUUGUACGAGUUCAUAAUCCCAUUCCUGACUUCAGGAUACACGAGAGCCUAUGAAUGAGAUCACGAAAGAGACACCUGGUUCUCCAAUAGCUCAACAGAAUAUUGAGACUCCAGUCCUUACUCCAAUUCAGACGCAGCAGGUACCUUCUUUAAAAAAUUGGACUUUUCAAGUAAUUUUUGGAAGCCCUUGUACGUGUUCAUUCAACCAUUCCUGAAUUCAGGAGACUCACGAGCUUAUGAAUGAGAUCAUUUCACCAAACAUUUCCGACACACAGCCAAAUACCCGAGCUCGCAGAAAUCUUUUAACAGAGCAAAAUAAGGUAUUACUUUCAUUAAAACCUUUAAUAAAUACACAGCAACUAUCAAAAUGACUGGAUAUCCUUGAAUCUAAACCAUCACAGGAUGUAGAAAGCAGAGUUCAAAAUCCCUUUGAGAUCGGAGCAAAUGUGGAGAUUUCAUCACAAGAUGACAAUACUUGUCAUAAAUGGUAUCCAGGAAAUGUGUUGGCAACAUAUUUGGUUGAUGGGGUUGAGAUGGUGAAAGUUGAGUACUUCGUCCCGUCUCUGGACGAAAAGAAGAGGAAAAGGAGUGUUGAGACACGUGUAUCAAUUGACAGAAUACGUCCUCAACCACCACCUGAGAGAUCUGGAGCGAAGAAAAGUUAUGAGCUAAUGCAGGACGUGGAGGCGUUCGACAAUGGUGCCUGGUGCGCUGGAAAAGUUAAAGUCAUUUUGUUUGAUGGCUCGUGUUUUGUCUCUUUGAACAAUUCUAAAGAACAAAUUUACUUCCACCAUUCUGAGAUGCGAAAACCAAGAAAAUGGGUAGAUGGUGUUUGGGAGAUGACAAAAAGGUAAAACAAAUGCCUUGGAUCACUUGAAUUGAAAAAUAAUGUCAUUUGUUUAAUAUCUCGGUAUUGAUUUUCAGAUGGAAGAAGAGCAGACGCAGAGUGUGAAUCCAAGUGAAGGAGAUGGUGAUAAAAAGGGGAAGGCGAAGGCUGUCGCUUGUAAGAAAAAUGAAGCAGCUGGUCCAUCAGAAGAUGGUGUUGGGAAAAUGGCAAAAGAGAUGGAAGUAAAGCAGGGUAAGAGUGUGAAACCAAGUCAAGACGAUCAUGCAAAAAAGGGGAAGCCUGAUGUUGGUAAGAAGAAGAAAGCAAAUGCUCAGCCAGUAGAUAUGCUUCCUUUUCUACAGCGAGAAGAGAAGAGGCCAAUACGACCUAGAAACCCUCCUAUACCUGUAACACCUGAGGUAAUCCUUCCAAUUGAUCCAUUUGUGACACCUGAAUUUCCUCGGUUUUCAAGGCUUGCACACUGGAUGGAUCUACGGGGCAUAUAUCGUGUACCGUUUUAUAUCAAUGGAAAAGAAAUUGAAAAAGAGUUCUUUCAAAAAAUGGACGAUGCAGAAAACAAUCUCAACAAAGAGCACAUAAAUGUUGCAUUUGAAAUGCUAAAUUGUAAGAGGGUUGAGCAAGGUGCUUGGUUCCGCAACAACAAUCUUCCAGCAGCAUGCUUUGUACCAGUCAAAUUCUUAGAAGUGGUUGGGUACGCUUAUGAAUCUGUCAGGAAGCCACAUAAGAAAAAACAAACGUUAUUGGAGGGCUGUGUAGGCGAACUUGUGAAAGGUUUAAUACAUCCAAAGAAGGUAUGGCUGGAAGAUGUUGAUGUUAUAUAUGGUGUCAUUGAAGAUAAGUUGAGCUAUCACUAUAUUGGGGUGGAGAUACAAUUGAUGGACAACACAAUCACACUCUUCCAUUGUGGUCUUCCAAAAGCAAAUAUCAAACGUGCUCUUAAUCAAAUCCAAGAACUGGCAGUGUUGAUUAGUGCCAUAAAGAUGGAACUUCUUGGUGAAGAGGUUAAUUUCGAAGAUAUCAGUCCAUUUGAAGUUAAGUUUGCAGAAGGGCUUCCAAAGACAAAAUUUCCAUACAACUGUGGUAUUUUUGUUGUGAAGAUGCUGGAAUGCAGGUCACUGGGAUUGAAGAGCAUGGCUAAUAUAAAUGAUGAAACUGCGAUGGACUUACGAAGCAAGCUAUGUUGUGAGAUCUUCGACCAGUUUAUGGAUAAAGAUUUCCAGGAAGGUCAAAGGAAGUGAAAAUGUCAUAUUUGUUCUACUCUGUUUUCUACUCUGUUUUCUACUCUGUUUUCUACUUUGAUAUUAGUUAUCCCUAACGUUUAAGUUUAAGUUUGUAAUGAAUCCCUAACGUUUUUUUCAUUUAGAUUGUUAUUGAAAAAUUUUUAGGAUGUAUUGAUGAAUUGUCAAAUGCUUAUGGUACUUUUAGGAUGGGUUUCCAGAAAAAGAGUGAGAAAGCAAAAUGCACCAAAGCCUAGCAAAUUCCUUUAAAGUUUACAAAAAAAAAUGAAAAAGAAAGUGAUCCGAUGUUGAUUGAACUCGUGAACUCUCGAAAGAUGAAUCAAAGUGUGCAGCCGCUGUGCCAAGGGUGUUAUACUUGCCAAAAGCUAUAAUAAAACGAAAAUAACUUUUGAAUAUUUAAUUAAAAACAGAAAAAAGUGUAAGUAUACACAAACGGGGAUCGAACACGGCUUAUUGUGUGAUAAGGGUACACUAAGAGUAGAACGGAUUGCCACUAGGCUACGGUGGAUAUUCGAUAACAGAGUAAAUGUGAACUUAUUUAUUCACAGACGAUAGAUUUAUAUAAUCUGGAUAUCAUUUUAGGUAUUCAGGAUAGCUUUCCAAAAACAAAUUCCUUUAAAGUUUACAAAAAAAAAAUGAAAAAGAAUGUGAUCUGAUGUUGAUUGAACUCGUGAACUCUCGAAAGAAGAAUCAAAGUGUGCAGCCGUUGUACCAAGGGUGUUAUACUUGCCAAAAGCUAUAAUAAAACGAAAAUAACUUUUGAAUAUUUAAUUAAAAACAGAAAAAAAUGUGAGUAUACACAACGGGGAUCGAACACGGCUUAUUGUGUGAUAAGGGUACACUAAGAGUAGAAGGGCUUGCCACUAGGCUACGGUGGAUAUUCGAUAACAGAGUAAAUGUGAACUUAUUUAUUCACAGACGAUAGAUUUAUAUAAUCUGGAUAUCAUUUUAUGUAUUCAGGAUGGCUUUCCAAAAA